AUGGCGCGUCUCAACGAGCCGCCGGUUGCACCCCAGCCAUCGGCGGAUUCCAUCGAAGCCCUCAAGAGACGCUUUUUGAGGCAAAACCGCGAACUCGCAAAGACGAACUCAAUACAAUCUAUACGCAUACGAAGCCUCGAAACGGACUGUUCGCGAUUACUUGCUGAGAAUUUGGCAUUGCGCGAGCAAGUCUUGAACCUCAAUAACACUAUUGAGUCGCGUCCGGCACUCGACCAUAUUGAUGUUGUCAAGACACAGCUUGAAGCCAAGCUUUCUGAGCUAAGCAGCCUGGUGGCAGGUCUAUCGCAAACAAGGGGCGGAAAUGAGAAGGAUAGAAGAAGACGAAAAAGCCAGAUGACAGCAAAGAGAAAGAGCGGAGAGGAGCGACAAUGGAGGAGUGGGUUGGGUCUUCAAGAGGUGGAGGACGGCAUGUUGCCUACAAUCACAGAAGACAAAUACUAUCCUCGAAGGACAAUGGGUGCGGACGAGCUUCAGCAGGUGUCAGAAGACCCGGACAGCCAGUCGCCAGACAUUGGUCCUCCACCAGUUGCGCGAUUCGAAGACGAAGAUCCCAUUGGUUUCAACCCUAGCCCCGCAGCAGAGGAACAACGUGAGGAAGCUGGUGAUGAUGGCGAGCCUGCGUUAUCGGUCAAUCUCGAGACGCGUAAGAAGCGACGAGAGAGCGGGCCGAAGCUCAAUAUACGUCGUGUGUCCCUUUUCCAAUCUCCGGAAGAAGCUGAAGAGACAGCCGCGAAGCCUCUGCGUACUGGAGCGAAGCGGAAGUUCAGCGUUCAAGAAGAUGAGGAAGUGAGCCAAGCCAAGGGUGAUGCUUUCAGAUUCAGUCGCCGAAAUGCCCCGAGCGCAUCGGACAUGGAGGCGUCUAAUGACGAAUCCAAGCCUUCGUCGUUAGAGCGACCUCCUGUCCUUUCAGCUAAACCUGUCAAUACCGAUCCAGUUUUGUCGCCAAAGAAACAACGCUCUUCAAAUCAGGAUAAGCCUGAGAAACCAGAGAAGGCUGAGAAGCCAGCAUCCAAAGCUCGAAGUCGCCCUCGACUAAACAUCACGCGCAACACCACCCCAGACCUCCCGCUCUUACCCAUGCCUGAACCGGUGCCUACUGCAGAAAUCAUACUCGACUCUCUACCUCCCAAGACACCUGCUGUAGAAGCGAUCUUCUCUCCACCGUCUACCGAGCCGUCAACGCAACGACCAGAUAACAAGGACACACCACCACCGGGAGAUCUCAAUUCCGUAGACCAGAUCGGUCAAGCAGGACGACCUGGCAGACGAGCGCGUCCUCAAGUCAGUUACAAGGAGCCCAGUCUCAACAUAAAGAUGCGGCGUCCAGAUGCUAAGCUAGUUGACGCGGUGGUUGAUCGCAGGACAAGCGUGGAUACCCAACAUGUACCCUCAACUCUUGUCAAGCGCGAUGCCGAUGGCGAAAUUGCCUGGAAGCCCAUAUCGGCAGUCUCUCAACCGAGAGGGGAGGAAGAGGCUGAAGCAGGAAGUCCGUUGAGACAAAAGCUUGACAGAAACCAGGAUUCCAAAGCAUCACCAGCGUCAAUCGAGCUUGAGGAGCGAUCAACGACCUCGAAAGCCAUAUCUGCGCUCAUCACCGAAACUAGUACUGCUAAGAGAAGAAUAUCUGCAUCAACUGCAGGAUCCGUCUCGGAGCCUGCCGUUGCCAGGUCAUUAGAUCUUCCUCUCCUCAACAAAGAUACCAUAGCUGUUCAACAAGAAGCGAAAGAGAAGGACGGCUUGGCCGUGUUCGACUUCACGGACUCGUCACCUGCUGACACGACGACCAAUCCCCGUACACGCGUCAACGAACUUGCCAAAGCAGUGCGAGGUGCACGGCGACACUCUGCUAUGCCUGCCUCUUCUACAUCAACAUCGUCGGAAGAGCGUAAAGCCGAGAGGGAAAAGACAGAAAGGGCGCUCCCUUCGUUGCAUAAGCGCACUGGAAGCGGAAACGUGAAGAGUAGUAGUACUGCAAGCUUGGGGAGAAGCACUAGUGCUAAUGGCAUUGCUAGGAGUACGUCAGGUGCUCGAACGGCAGGCGUGAAGGAGAAAAAGCCUACCAAUACUGGAAGCUUGCCAGCCAGUGUUAGCACGAAUGAUCUCAGGGCGAGGCCUGAUGGUCCCGAAGACGUCAAAGUACGAGACAGAGAAAGGGAGACGAGCACGUUGAGAGCUGAGCGCGCAGCUAGUCGACGGAAAAGUAUGAUGCUUUAG